CCGCGGUCUUGGCAUCCUAAAGUUGCAGCAUUGACCUUGACGGCUGUAGCAGCUGCACAGAGGGAGGCCUUGCAGUGGACCCUAAACCUCAGCCUGGCAUUAAGUAUCCCUGCUUGGUCCUUUGGAUUACCCCCGCCGCUGUGUGAUGCCUUCCUUGUGUGGAGAUCUGUGCAUGCAAGACUGAACUUGGUAGCAUACCUGUUGCUUUCAGCCAGACAAUCUCACAGCUGCCUCUGUUAUCACUGCUCUGCAAGCCACAGCAAUGUUGUCUCUAUCUGCUGGGUACUUUUCGGAUGAACAGCAGCAAGUUUACCUGAGCAGCCGUCUUGGCAGCGCAUAGCCACAAGAGUGCGCAUUGUGUCUGCCAGUGCGCAGCGACGAAAGCCACAGCAAGCAGCAAGAAGCUGUCUGCGUGUGUCAACAGCGCUUGGGCCUCCUGGCGUAUAAGAUCAACAGCAGCAGGAACAAAUAAGACAGGCACAGAGUGCACACUGUUACUCUGGAGUUUAUACCUGGGCUUUACUUGAGGGCAGACGUGGGAGCCCAGUGACAGGGCAUGGCGACAGAGGGCCAAAAGAGAAGGUCCAGCAUGACUCACCUUCAUGGACAACGCUGUGACAACGCAGCCCUUUGUGCUCUUGGUAUCCUCCAGACCAUAAUAGCCUGAAGCAUCUGGGGGCUUAAAUGGGUUCUCAGUGAUCUCCUGUUACAGGGCAAGCCUCCCUGGAGGGGAAAAUCUCAUAAGGGAAGGCAUAGGAUCAAAGGACCGGCCUCCCCAAGAGAAAGUCAACACUGGGAUCAGAAGCGGAGAUGAUGACCCCAAUAACACAUCCUCAGAAGCUGAACUGCGGCAUGCAGGCAGAUGAAGGCACGGACUGGCUGCUGGAGCUGUUAACUGAGGUCCAGCUGCAACAGUACUUCCUGCGGAUCCGCGACGACCUCAAUGUCACGCGCCUGUCACACUUUGAAUAUGUCAAGAACGAGGAUCUGGAGAAGAUUGGCAUGGGAAGGCCUGGUCAGAGGCGCCUCUGGGAGGCAGUCAAGAGGAGGAAGGCCGUAUGCAAGCGGAAAUCCUGGAUGAGCAAGGUGUUCAGCGGGAAGCGGCCUGACUCAGAAUGCCAGCCUCACCCCCAGAGUGGCCCAUGCAAGACCAGCCCGCCGCCCCUGGAAGAGGGCCAGCAGCAGGCCUUGACUUGCCUGAUCAGCGAGAAGGACCUGUUGCUCUUUGAGAAGCUGGGGGACGGCUCCUUUGGGGUGGUGCGGCGUGGGGAGUGGUGUGCACCCUCCGGCAAGUUGCUGAAUGUGGCUGUCAAAUGUCUCAAGACAGAUGUGCUGAGCCAACCCGAAGCCCUUGAUGACUUCAUCCGCGAGGUCAACGCCAUGCACUCCUUGGACCACAUGAACCUCAUCCGCCUCUAUGGUGUGGUGCUCUCCAAUCCCAUGAAAAUGGUCACAGAACUGGCCCCACUUGGCUCCCUCCUAGACCGACUUCGCAAGAAUCAAGGGCACUUCCUGAUCGCCACACUCUGCCAGUACGCCAUCCAGAUUGCCCGAGGCAUGGCCUACCUGGAGUCUAAGCGCUUCAUCCACCGCGACCUGGCUGCCCGCAACAUCCUGCUGGCUGCCAAUGACCUGGUCAAGAUUGGCGACUUUGGCCUCAUGCGGGCCCUGCCCAAGAACGACGACCAUUACGUCAUGCAAGAGCACCGGAAAGUCCCUUUUGCCUGGUGCGCCCCUGAGAGUCUGAAGACCCGCACCUUCUCACACGCCAGUGACACUUGGAUGUUCGGAGUGACGCUGUGGGAGAUGUUCACCUAUGGGCAGGAGCCAUGGAUUGGCCUUAAUGGCAGCCAGAUUUUGCACAAGAUCGACAAGGAAGGCGAGCGGCUGGCCCGGCCAGAAGACUGUCCCCAAGACAUCUACAAUGUCAUGCUGCAGUGCUGGGCACACAAGCCAGAAGACCGGCCCACCUUUGUGGCUCUACGGGACUUCCUCUUGGAGGCUCAGCCCACGGACAUGCGCGCCCUGCAAGAUUUUGACGAGCCAGACAAACUCCACAUCCAGAUGAAUGACAUCAUUACGGUCAUCGAGGGCAGGGCUGAGAAUUACUGGUGGAGGGGUCAGAACAAGCGGACUCUGAAAGUGGGCCAGUUCCCGCGCAACACGGUGACCUCGGUGGCAGGGCUGUCUGCCCACGACAUCAGCCAGCCACUCAAAAACAGCUUCAUCCAUACUGGCCAUGGAGACACCAAUCCACAACAGUGCUGGGGCUUCCCUGACAAGAUUGACGAGCUCUACCUGGGCAAUCCGAUGGACCCCCCAGAUGUGCUAGGUGUGGACUUGAACUCAGUGAGACCCACGCAACUCCCAGGAAGAGCAAAAAGGGAGCCGCCUCCACGGCCGCCUCAGCCCUCAGUCCUUCUAAAGAAGCCUGCCUACGACCCCGUGAGUGAAGAGGACAGCCCCCUCUCCUUAGGGCUCAAGCACCUGUGCCUGAAGAGGCCAGGCCCAACAAGAGGCCUGCGCACCGCCAAGCCAUCGGCCCGUGUCUCAGGCACCAAGUUGGGAGAGAGGCUUGUGGUGCUCCUUACCAAGGGAGGUGCCCUGCCUGGUAACGAGGUGACACUGAUAGACUUUGGAGACGAGUCCGCUCCCACCACCCCAUCGCCUGUAGGGGAGCUCUGUGCCCCAUCACUGGCCAAGCUAGCCAUGGAGGCAUUUUCCAUAUUGGACAAGACACCCCCUCAGAGCCCCACCCAGGCCCUGCCCAGGCCCCUGCACCCUACGCCCAUCGUGGACUGGGACGCCCGGCCCCUUCCUCAACCUCCUGCGUACGACGACGUAGCCCAAGACGAGGACGACUUUGAGGUGUGCUCCAUCAACAGUGCGGAAGGGCCGGUGGGGCGGCGAGGCAGCUGCAAGAACUGGGAGAAAGGGGAGACCAGCAGCAGCUGCGUAUCUGAGGGAGACUGCUCAGCUUUCCCACUAGAGGACAACCUCUUCCUGCCACCCAGGGAGGCCAAGCAACCAUGCCCUGCCCAGACCACCGAGAUCUUCCAAGAGCUGCAGGAGGAGUGCAUGAAGCGCCUCAACGUACCCUUGGCAGCCACCUCGGUUGCCUCCACACCCAGCCCGGGGGAGGACAAGCCCCAAAUCCCCCCUCGCGUGCCCAUCCUGCCCCGACCGCUCCGUAGGAAUGAGCACGGGCGCUGGUCUGGGGAGUUUUCGCCAUCUUCUGUGGGCGAGGAAGACCGCCCCCCCCAGAUCCCCCCACGAGAACCUUUGUCCCAACCUGGCUCCAGAACUCCUAGCCCUAUGGCUCUGCAGGGCGGAUCCCCACAACCGAGGGCCACUCUGUGUUCUCCAUUGUCCGUAGGGGCAUUCCUGUCCACGUCUCCUGGGAAGCAUCCCAUGCCCACGACCCAAAGCUUUGCUUUGGACCCCAAGUACGCCAACCCGAAGGUCAUCCAAGCUCAAGGGAAAGAGAGCACAAAGGGGCCGUGCAUCCUACCCAUUGUCAAAGAUGGGCGGAAGGUCAGCAACACCCACUACUACCUGCUCCCGGAGCGCCCGCCCUACCUGGACAAGUACGAAAAGUUCUUCAAGGAGGCCAAGAACCCUGAGGACGCUCCACCUCCGGCCAGGGUGGUCACCACCGCUACGGUGCGGCCAAUGAUGCAACAGCAGCCAGACUGCAAAGCCAACUUCUCUUCCAACAACAGUAACAUUGCGGUCAAGGCUUCCUGCAGCCUGCAGAAGAUCAUCUAUGAUGGCUCAGAUGGCCCCAGGGCCUCAGAGAAGUUACGACUGGUCCAGGAGAUGGUGCAUGGUGUCACCACGGAGGAGUGCCAAGCAGCGCUGCAGAACCACAGCUGGAACGUGCAGAAAGCCAUUCAGUACCUGAAGGUGGAGCAGCUCUUCUGCCUGGGCCUGAAGACGCGGCCGGAGUGUCACAAGGUUCUGGAGAUGUUCGACUGGAACCUGGAGCAAGCCAGCUCUCACUUGCUGGAUCCCUACAGCACCUUUCGGCUCAAGCGAUGACCAGCAGUCGCCCUUUGGAAAAGAAGCAGUUGACCCGCUGUGGGUGACCCAUGGUUGGUGCCCUCCUGAGGAGCCGCUUCUUCCUUCCAGGUGUAUGGACCAAGAAUCAGCUCCAGGGCAGAGAAUGACAGAGCAAAAACACGCAAGGCUCGGGCUGGGGCUGCUCUGAUCCACUGGACCAAACCUGCACGUGUUUCCCCUGUGCCGACGACCAGGCUGCCCCUCCUCCCACCAACGUGUUUGCUUGUAUUUUUUCCUCGCUUCCAGCCAUCGGUCCCAUUGCUUGCUGUUGGGUUUAUUUUGUAAAGAGAAGUGUUACAUUAAUAUAUAAAUAUUCUAUUCUAUUUUGGAAAGAAAGAA